CUAUUAAUUCUGCCAAGAAACAGACCAAAACUAACGGGGGACGGCGUUAAAGUUAUAAUACGUUACUAGAAAUAACGUUUUAGAGUUUAAGUUGGAAUACGUUACUGAAAGUAACGUUUUAGAGUUUAAGUUGGAAUACGUUACUGAAAGUAACGUUUUAGAGUUUAAGUUAGAAUACGUUACUGAAAGUAACGUUUUAGAGUUUAAGUUGGAAUACGUUACUGAAAGUAACGUUUUAGAGUUUAAGUCGAAAUACGUUACAGAUGGUAACGUUUUAGAAUUAUUAUCUUAUAACCCAUUAGCCGCACUUUCCUCACCUUCUAACCUAAAUAAACCCUAUUUCAUAUUUUUCCCCUUUUUUCAUUCCCUCGCUAAGAGCUGGUUCUCGUCGUUAAUGUUGCCGAAAAAGGGGAUUCACAGUAUUUCAGCGCCAUAAGUAUUUCGAGAGGUAGUUUCUUUGCUUAAGGUAUGUUUUUCUUUACGAAGGAAUUGAAUUGAAUCGUAAGUAGGAUUCUAUCUUGUAUAAAUUGAAGAACGUGCCAACCAACUCAUGAAAUUGGAUUCCAAAAUAAGUAUAAUUAUAUUAAUCCUGAAAAAAAGAACUAUAAAGCCUUCAGAUUUGGAACCAUUUAUGAGUGUGUGACCAUAGGAGCAUAGACAAAUGAGGAAUGUCUUUAUACAGAUUUCAGAAUAUAAGAAUUAAUUUCCAAUACCCAAAAAUAGAAAAAAUGUAUUCACUCUUUUAAUUUUCUUAAUCUACAAUCCUCAAAUAAUAAAUUAGCUAUCAGAUCUUGACCAUAUGCUUAGAAAGAAUGAAUUUUUUUGCUAGUCUUAUGGUCAUUAAAGAUUUGAAACACUUUUUUUUUUAAUUUUUCUAAAAGAGUGAGAGAAGGGGGUUUUGUGGUUUUGUUGGGGAGGAAAGAGUCUUUAGAUUUCUGUUGUGAUUUGUUUUUUUUUUAAGUCCCAAAUAUAUUGCUAGUCUUAUGGUUAUUAAAGAUUGAAUUUUUCAUAAAGGAUUCUUGAAAUUUUGUACAUUUAAUAUCUGGUUUGUCUUAGUGAGUGAGUGAGUGAUUACAUUGAUAUGGGAAUUGAAAGAGUCUCCUUUUAUUGUGGGUCUGAUCAUUUACUUCCCAAAAACCAUAAGUAUUUCGAGAGGUAGUUUCUUUGCUUAAGGUAUGUUUUUCUUUACGAAGGAAUUGAAUUGAAUCGUAAGUAGGAUUCUACCUUGUAUAAAUUGAAGAACGUGCCAACCAACUCAUGAAAUUGGAUUCCAAAAUAAGUUGUUAUCUGGUAACUUGUUUUGUUUAGUUCGAUUUAAGGAUUAUUUCAUGGUCACUGAACUCAGAAUUGUUAUUUAAAGUUGUAACAAUUGUAUAUUGUUGAAGAAGAUUGCGUAGCAGUGCAUUGAGAGAAUAGCUAUAGUCAUUGUUACAUUGUCUUUUAGAUUAGUAUAUGUUUGUUAGUUAGUUACAUAACAUAAUUAAUUUGUUAGCCUAAAUUGCUUAACUCAUUAGUUGGUUAACUUUGAUUAUUGUAAUUAGCACUUUAGUCAUUUAUAUAAAUAGCCUACUGUACAGAUGUAAACAUAUAAUGAAACUAUCUAAUAAUGAUAAUCUAUAUUCUUCUCUGUGAUUCCUUAAAUUUGUCUCAUCUAUUCAAACAAUUCUCUGUAAAUUUUGAUUCUUAACAUAUAUCAACAAAAAGAUUAUACUCAAGUUCUAUUGUUGCUUAGUGUAGUCUAAGAUGGUUUGUCUUAUACAACACACUUCCAAAUUAAAGAGAAUGACCUUAAAAUUUUUAAAUGUGAUUUCAUAACUUUACAUCACUUUUGAAGUAUGUCGCCAAGAAAAAACUACAUAAUAGUUCGGGCUAACAUUUAAGUUUACUUUCAUGUGUAUUUCAUAGGUAUUUUUUAUGGCUAAUGAUAGUGAAUACAAGUUGGAUCCCGGUCCAUUGGAAUCGAAUGUAUUAACGGGACAACUUACUCAUAGAUCACAAGAUAUAUGGGAAGGAAAUGUUAAUAUGAUUCUUAAUACGAGGAGAGAAGAUGGAAAUUUUUGGAAGCUCAUAGAGAAAUAUCCCAUCCAUCCACGAGUUCUUGAAGUAAUUAGGUUAUCUGGAUUAUAUGGUGUUUACAAAUCUAAUCGGCCUGCUAUUGACCGUAGUUUGAUCACUGCACUAGUUGAGCGUUGGCGUCCCGAAACUCACACUUUUCACUUUAGAACAGGCGAAGCAACAAUUACCUUGCAGGACGUAGAGGUGUUGUAUGGAUUACCUGUGAAUGGUGAUCCAGUACUUGGUAAUGAAAUGAUAAGGACCAUAGAGGAUUGGCAAAACAUUUGUCAAAGAUUAUUAGGUUUUGUUCCUUCUCUUGAAGACUUCAAAACAAAUUCCAUCAAGGUCGCUGCAUUUAAUUCACACGUGUUAAGCCAGCCACAUUUGUCGAACAUGGCAACACAAGAUAUGGUUAAUCAGAAGGCAAGAUGUUUCAUGUUCUGGAUGAUUGCAGGUAUGAUGAUGGCGGAUACAUCUAGUGGUUAUUUGAAGCUUAUGUACCUGCCUAUGCUCGAAGACGUCAAUAAAAUUGGAUCUUAUAGUUGGGGGAGUGCGACCUUGGCAUACUUGUAUCAUUUUCUUUGUAAAGCUUCACAGAGUACCCAAAAUGAGAUAGCCGGAUUUUUGCCACUACUUCAGAUUUGGGCGUGGGAGAGAGUCACUGUUCUCCGUCCUCAAAUAGUAUCCCACAGAGAUGCGAGAACUAUUUGUCAUGUUGGUUUGCCUAGGGGUCCGCAUGCUACUAGAUGGUUUGCACAUCUUAGUUGGACGAAUACUACCAAGCAUGUGUUGAAAGUUUAUAGGGAUGCACUUGACUCUAUGAUAGAAGAUCAGUUUAUUUGGGAACCGUAUUCCGAUGACUUAAUUGAGAGUCUUCCUCUCUAUUGUCAUGCUGGACGAGACAUAUGGCGAGUUAGAGUUCCAAUAUUUUGUUGGGAUGUGGUCGAGGUUCAUUUGCCAGAUCGUGUUAUGAGGCAAUUUGGACUACAACAAGCUAUACCAACUCCGUUUCCAUUUGAUUCUAACCACUUUUGUCAUGAUCGUCGAGGAAGACCAAAUACAAAUUGGGAGUUAGAACAUGCACAUUGGUUAUCAUUUUGGAACCAACGUCUCCAAUAUAGUUGUGAUGCACCGGUUAAUAAUGAACCACUUCGCUAUGAUGAUCCAUAUCUUAUUUAGUUCAGGCGCAUUACUCGUCUUGUUAUUGGUAAUCCUAAUUCACGUCCUCAAAAUCAACAAGGUUAUGUGCCUAAUUCGACGGCAUAUGAAACUAUGGUGCGGCAUAUUCAUUCGAUGGUUGAUGAAGCUAAAACACUUGGUGAUAAUCCAUCAUAUGAGGCCUUAUACAUGUUUAGAAAAAUGGUGCGAGAUCAAGGUUCUGAUUGUUUGAAAUAUGUCCAUGAGGCUGACAGGGUUCAUGUGUCAGCCGAUUAUAGAAGAGAUGUGGUACAACCUGUCCAGUUACAUCACCCAGUUCGUAGGCGAGGAAAAGGUGGUGUUGCAGGUAGGAGAGAACGUGCUGUUGAAAGAGCACAAACACAUGUUGAAAUAGAUCAGGCCACACAAAAUGUCCAAGAAGCCUUAGAAGAUGAUCAAGCAACAUCCAAUUAUAAUAUUGGUUCUAUUUCAGGAGGUUGCACUCAUGAAAUCACUCAGGCAUCAAAUAUGACAUAUCAACUGUCAGAAACAGAUAUCAUGCCAUACGUGACGCCACAGACUCUACAAAUAUCAAGUCAUCCAAGUCUUUCAUCACUUGAGAAUGUCAUUGGUAAUUUUGAGAAUGUCCCAAAUUUUAACUCAUCGCCUGUGCCUCUGAUCAUUGAAACCCCUGAUGCCACUAAUAGUUUAGAGGACCCGAAUCAUGAUGUGGACGAUAAUGAUCCAAAGGAUGCAAGUGAAGGUCGUGAUACGACUAUUCAAAAUAGUGAACCAUCAAGGAGGGAGAAGCGUAAAAUUAAACUUAAGCCUUGUGGGAUUGGCGGUCACUAUGCUAUCCAACAUGUCCAAAAACAGAGAGCCAAGAAUAAGUAAUGAAAAUUGAUGUUGCUGAAAUCUUUUGGUGUUGCUGAAAAUUGGAGCUGCUGAUAUAUUGUAUGUAUCUAUAGGUGAAUUUGCAAAGUUGAAUGAUGGAGCCAUUGAUGAAGAUAUGGAGCUUUGAUCUUGUGGCAUGGAGGGGUUUCUUGUUUUCAGCAUUGAUACUUAACUUUAUAUUCGCUUGCCAACUCUUUUUCCUUCAACCCCUUGUAUCUGCUUUAGGUAAAGAUCAAAUUUUUAUGAUUAUUUUUGUUUGAUUCUGUGGUCCAGUUAUGGCAAUGACCUUCAAUUUCAUGGUUGCUGUUGGAAUAAUAUUGGGAAACAAACUCGUAUGGCUUUCGUUCCUACAUUUUCUUUUUGGUACCACUGUCGCCUUUGCUAGACCCUCCAGGAGUGCUAUCUUUCAAGUGGGACAUCAACAAUACGAGUGCUAUUAUCAUCUCAGCCUUACUUGGUUUCCUCUUGCAAUGGUCUGGAGCUUUAGCACUUGGAGCUACAUCAGCAACGUCACACGUUGUUUUAGGACAAUUCAAGACUUGUGUGAUCCUACUAGGAGGAUAUUUCCUGUUUAGCUCAGAUCCAGGGUGGACGAGUAUAUGUGGUGCCGUUACAGCUCUUGGUGGAAUGACAGUAUACACAUCCCAGAAAAGGCGAGUGAUCAACUCCCAAAGCAUAGUUUACCUCCUCAAAAACUCAAGAGUACUGAAGAUGAUGACAACUCCAGAUACACACCUCCAGACCAAACUCCUGCUGUCGUCUAAGUUUACUCCUUUUUUUGUUGGUACAUAAGUUAGAUCUAUUUUUUUACUGUGAAAACAGGGUUGUGGGAGAACAAUACAAGUGUCGUGCUGCUAAACAAAGCAGCUUGUUGAUCCACUUUAAUUGAUUAUCAUAAUGUGUAAAUUUCUGCAUUGCAACACACCAGCAUUAUGUCUA